CGCAACUUCCCGGGAGCCCGGGCCAAAGUGAGCGAAAAGUGCUGCCCAAGUUCCCGGGAUGGAGCUGCAGAGCCGGCCCGAGGCGCUCGCCGUGGAACUCGCGCGCCACCAGAACGGCGACCUCAAGAAGCAGCUCCACGAGAGGCAGCCGCGGAUCGCCGCGCUCAGCGACAAACAAGCUUUGGGAACCAUCACUGCAGUGCCUGUCACGGGUCCUCAGGUCAGCUCCUUGCAGAGGUUGGCCGGGCAAGGAGCGGCAGUGCUACCUCAGGUUAGGCCAAAGACUCUGAUUCCAGACAGCCUCCCCGUCACCCCGGGCCGGGACCGGCCACCCAGGCAGCCCCCCACAUUCCAGAAGGCCACGGUGGUCAGUGUCAAGAACCCCAGCCCAGCCCUCCCCACCGCCAACAACACCGUGAGCCGCGUGCCGACGCCCGGCAGCCAGCCCCAGCCCCUCGCCCAGCCCGCUGCCAUCACCUCUCCUCUGAGCAGUGCCGGGGUGGCCUACGCCAUCAUCUCCACCGCCCCCAGCAAUGCCGCCAGCACCCCCAGCACCGCCGUGUCCGCGGUCAGCGACAGCAUCAAAGUCCAGCCCCUCCUCAUCGGCGCCGACAGCAAGGUCAUCAUCAUUCAGCCUCAAGUGCAGACGCAGCCCGAGAGCACGGCGGAGUCGCGGCCGCCCACGGAGGAGCCAUCUCAGGGAGCUCAGGCCACCAAAAAGAAGAAGGAAGACCGGCCCCCGAGCCAGGAGAACCCCGAGAAAAUCGCCUUCAUGGUGGCGCUGGGCCUGGUGACGACGGAACACUUGGAAGAAAUCCAGAGCAAGCGCCAGGAGCGGAAGAGAAGAAGCACAGCCAACCCCGCCUACAGCGGCCUCCUGGAGACGGAGAGGAAGCGGCUGGCGCCCGGCUGUCUCAGUACCCCCCUGUUCCUCACAGCCAGAGCCAAUGAGGAGCCCUGCCGGCAGAAUGAGAUCACCCACGAUGAGCACUGUGCCACCUGCAGGCGGGGGGCCAACCUACAGCCCUGCGGCACCUGCCCGGGCGCCUACCACCUCAGCUGCCUGGACCCGCCCCUCAAGACCACACCCAAGGGCGUGUGGGUGUGCCCCAAGUGCCAGCAGAAGGCCUUAAAGAAAGAUGAAGGUGUGCCCUGGACUGGCAUGCUGGCCAUCGUGCACUCCUACGUCACCCACAAGACAGUCAAGGAAGAGGAGAAGCAGAGGCUGCUGCAGAGAGGCAGCGAGCUGCAGGGCGAGCACCAGCAGCUGGAGGAGCGGGACCGGCGCCUGGCCUCAGCGGUGGAGAAAUGCCUGGAGCUUAAGACAAGCCUGCUGGCCCGGCAGAGGGGCACCCAGUCGUCCUUGGACCGCCUGCGGGCCCUCCUGAGACUGAUCCAGGGUGAGCAGAUGCUCCAGGUCGCCAGGACGACCACCAGCCCCGCCCCGCUGCUGGCUGGGCCCUGGACCAAGCCCUCAGCAGCCGCCAUGCACUCUGCCCUCCAGCACCCCCAGGGGCACAACUGACCCCGAGGGACCCGUCUUCACACCCACGGGAAGUUACUGGGACCCUGCUCACAAGACCUGAGGGUUCUCUCAGCCUUAAUUCAUAAACACUAUGAAUUUCAGACAAAAAUAAAACCAGAUCGAGGGAGACAGAGGAAAGAAGGGAGAAGGAGCUGGGUGAGGGUCCUAGAGCCGGACCCUGGUGGGAGUGGAGCCUUUAGUCGGGACCCCCGGAGGCCAGGUGGGGUGCACAGUCGGCCCCGGCUGUGGUGGGACUGCCCAGGCCUCCGGCUUCUGGGCACAGCUGUCUGCACGGCCUCGUGCUGCCCCACGGGAGGGGGAAAGGCAGAGCGUGUGGAGGGGCCAGAAUACUGCGUGGCCCACGCCCCGCGCCGAGGGCGACGCCUCUCGGGUGUCCAGCGGGCGGGAGCUGAGGACACAGACAUAGCUGAAUAGUAGAGGUAGGGGGACAGACGUGGGUAGUAAAUCUAGGUAGGACUCCUGGCUCCUCCUUCAGGAGGGCCACCCCCGGGCCUGGGCCGCCCCGGCGCCUUCCAGAAUGCCUGGGCCCAUCUGUCAGUAUUAGCAUCAAGAAUCGCAGCUGUUUAACUUGAAACUCGAAGGACGUGCGUGCCCGAGGGCACGCUGCAGCGUUUGCCUGCCCCAGGCCUCCGCCUGCCCCGACGUCUCCAGAGCACCCUCGCCGGCGCCUCCUUCCUUCCGCGGCCUUUUGGACUCAUUUUGCUCUCAAUGUAUUUUUCUCAUGGAGUUUUUGGGCAAGACGGAGCUGCAGCCAAGCAGGGGAGGCAUUUGGCAGGUUUUCUUUUUUGGGUUGAAUCCUUCAACUUAAGAAUGAAGCCUUUUCUUUUCUCCUUUCGAAGAGCCAGCAAAGUGUUCCAUGCCUCUUUUCUUGCCAGUUCAGACACUAUGCCAAAUAAUAACUUCCCAUUUUUGUAUGGCGUUUUUAUUGUAAGAUACUUAAUGUGAAGAGGGGGACACUCGCUGACUUCUUCUGCUGACAGUUGUCUCUGCUGCAAGGGACGCACGGGAAACCCCGCCUGGGGGGGCUGCCAAACUGGAGCAAUCCAGAGGGUUUUUUAAGAAGUGGGGUGAGGGUUGGGGAGGAAGAGAGGGCAGUGACCUCAGGAUGGUUUGGCCUUCGGAGACUCGCGAGUCCCUCCUCUUGCUGUCUCCCUGAGUUAGUGAGAGCUGAGGGUGCACACUGUCUUAAAAGGGCUCCUGCGUCCCGGGGUGGGCUGUGUCUGCGCCUCACACCCACCAGCUCCUCCGGUCCCGAGGGACUUAGCACAACUGGAUGAGUAUCUGGGAGCCACAGGGCUCCCACCCCCAGCAUAUCACAUGGUGCCGAAUUGCGUUGACUACACGUGUGCGUGUGUGCAUGCGGCCCCAGACACGCACGUACACACGCACGCAGACAGGUGCAGAGCAAGGAGGCUGGCCAGAAUCCCACAGACUGCCACGGUCCCUCCUGUCAUUUUUCACGAUUCCGGGAGAAACUGUGCUGUACGAUACAGAUCUAUUUUAAUACACUUAACACUGGGUUGAACAAGAUUUUUAUAUUCUUCUAUUGAUGAACAAAGUGAACUGGGAGACACACGUCAUAUAUAUUGGUCACUCGAGAUGCCAAUUAUGCAUCACCGCGUGGUGGCGAUGUAAAUGUCUUCAGGUCCCCUUUCUGUUGGUUUGUGUUUCUUCUUGGAUGGAUUGAAUUAAAUUUUUUAAAAAUGUAAUGGGAGGUUAUGAAAGCUUGGACCCAGGAGGGGUAGCUGCCGACGUGUCUUGAGACUUAGUUUUUUGGACCAAGGAGGACCGUCCAGUGGAUAGUGAGGAUAGAGAAAAAGUGUUUGUCUUAAAUAUGCCAAUGUAGUUUCCUUCUGUACGACGCAUUAAACUCGAUUGAGGAUUUCAAAGCCCCAUGGAUUUUGUUUCCUUGUCUUCGGCAGAGAGGCCCUGGGGGCACAAGGGGCCAGGAGGUGGGAAUUGGAGAGGCUGGAAAUCGGGGUCCUGCCCCCACCCCACCC